CUUACAGGAAGCCCCCUCUGGUGUGGAGGGCUCCGAGGGCAGGAGGUAUGGAAACGUCUGUAGAGACACACUCUACCCACCCAAACCACUGACAAUGUGACACCUCCAGGGCCCUCCCCCCACCAUAUACUGUGAGGAGAACGUCGAGGGGUGGGGGGCGGGUGCCGAUGCAAGCCGGGAAGAGAGGAUGUGUGACGAGUCAGCCGCCACGAACUGGGUGAGACCAAACUAGUCUGAUCUGAAGGACCACAGGUCCCCCAGCUGCCCCAACUGCUUGACUCUCCCAGGAGUCCGGGGGGCAGAGCUUCCUCCUUUCUCAGAGACCCAGGAAUCUGGAUCACCAGGCUUUUCAUCACCCGGGACCCAGAAACCCAGCCUUCGCCCCCAUGGAGCCCUGCCGGUCCCUGGCCCUGCUCACUAGCUCCCUGGGCCUGUUGUCUCUCUUGGUGGCUCUGAGCACGAAUUUCUGGUUUGUGGCCGAGGGGCCCACCUCCUCGUCUCACUCGGGCCUCUGGCCAAGGGGAGAUCAGGGCUCAGUAGAAGGCUAUAUCCGCGUGACACAGAGCUUCUGCAUUCUGGCUGUCCUGUGGGGCCUGAUCUCUGUGAGCUUUCUGGUCAUGUCCUGCAUCCCUUCACUGUCUGCCGCUGGACGCGGCCCCAUUGUCUCGACCUUCAUAGCCUUUGCCGCAGGUAAGGACUCCGGGCUGCGCUUGGGGCGCUGGGACCUGGUGAGUUUUCGCGGAGGGGCUGAGCCAUCCUUCUUGUCUCCGUCCCCAGCCCUCUCCCUGCUAGUGGCCACGGUGGUCUACACUAUCGAGCGGUGGAAGCAGCCUGGACACCCCCAGAUCGACUCCUUCUUCUCCUGGUCCUUCUACCUGGGCUGGGUUUCAACUGUCCUCUUUCUCUGUGCAGGUGACUGCUGCCCUGGGGAGUUCCAGGGGUGGAUAGGGGCCCAGCUGGGGGCUCUGAGGGAGCAGGGCAGGAGCCAGGGUUUAACUUCUCUCUGCCAACCCAGGUGGCCUGAGUCUGGGAGCUCACUACAGGGCCCACCGGCCUGGCUAUGAGGCCAUGUGAACCACAGGACGGCUUUGGCGCUCCAUUCUCUGAAGGCGUCAUCAGGAACCAUGAAGACAGCUGGCUCUCCUUCUUGCCCUGACUCCCAGCGUCUGCAAGCUCUUUCCUUUGUGUCUUCAUUCAUUCAAUAAAAAUUUGCUGGGA